GUCACCGGCGGCCGCGCCGGGUUCAGCCGAGGAGCGCCGAGAAGUGCCGAGUUCAGCCGAGCGCAGCCGAGUUCAGCCGAGCGCAGCCGAAUGCAGCUGGCGGCAGCGCGGGUGCUGUGCGGGGCGCGGAUCCCCCCGGUGCGGGUCCCCCCGGUGCGGAUCCCCCCGGUGCGGGCGCGAUCGGCCACGGCGGCGACCCCCCCGCUCGGGCUGCUCUAUGAGCGGCAUGGGGAGCCCGCAGCCGUGGUGCAACUGAAGGAUCUGGAAGUGCCCAAGCUGGGGGACUCUGAUGUCCAUGUCAAGAUGUUGGCAGCCCCCAUCAAUCCUGCCGACAUCAACAUGAUCCAAGGGACCUACCCCCUCCUGUCACCGCUGCCGGCCGUGGGAGGGAACGAAGGUGUUGGGGAGGUGCUGGAGGUCGGGCGCCGUGUGACAGCUCUGAAGCCCGGGGACUGGGUCAUCCCUGCGAACGCCGGGCUCGGAACGUGGCGGACGUGGGGGGUGUUCCCUGAGGAGAUGCUGCUGAAGGUGCCCAGUGACAUCCCGGUGCUCUGUGCUGCCACUCUGAGCGUCAACCCCUGCACGGCAUUCCGUAUGCUGGCUGACUUCGAGAGCCUGGCGCCCGGGGACUCCGUCAUCCAGAACGCUGCCAACAGCGGUGUAGGCCAGGCCGUCAUCCAGAUCGCCAGGGCCUCCGGCAUCAAGACCAUCAACGUGGUGAGGGACAGACCUGAUCUCCCAAAGCUGGUGGAGAGGCUGAUGGCCCUGGGCGCUGAUCAUGUUGUCACGGAGGAGAUGCUGAGAAAGCCAGAGAUGAAAGAUAUAUUUAAGAGAACCCCGAGGCCCCGGCUCGCCCUGAACUGCGUCGGAGGCAAAAGCACCACGGAGAUGCUGCGGCACCUGCAACCCAAGGGGACCAUGGUCACCUAUGGGGGGAUGGCAAAGCAGCCUGUGAUGGUGCCUGUGAGCGCUUUCAUCUUCCGGGACGUGCAGCUCCGCGGGUUCUGGAUGACGCAGUGGCGGAAGGACCACAUGCAGGACCAGGGGAGUGUGGCCACGAUGAUGGAUGCCCUGUGCCAGCUCAUCCGCAGGGGCCAGCUCGCGGCACCAGCCUGCGCCGAGGUCCCGCUCCAGGACUACAGGGCAGCGCUGGAGGCCUCCAUGAAGCCCUUCGUGUCCUCCAAGCAGAUCCUCCUCCUCUGACCUGCAGCUCCUGGAGCCCUGUCCUGCUCUGCCUGCUUGUCCGCAGAAUUGAGGGGGGAAAAAACCCUCCAGAUUGAUUGAAUUUCUUUUUUCUUUUGUUUUUCGCAUUUUGGGUGCCCAUCGAAAGCUUUAAAAGCCUCUGCAGCUUUGUGUGGAAGUGCUGCUGGAGGGAGGCUGCAUCUCGCUGUGGCUGGGGGGAGUUUGGGAGCCCAAAUGACAGCUCACUCAGCUCAGAGUGUGAAAAGAGCAGCAGUUCCCCCUCACAUGUGCUUUUGGGGCUGGCAGGACUGUAGUUAUCCCAGCUGGAAUGUGGGAUGGGCAGGGAAGCCCAAGUCAUCUCCCUGCAGCCUUGCUGCCCCCAGGCCUGCUCCGAGCAGGGGGAGAAGGGGCACAGACUGCCCCAAAUGAUGGGGGGGUGCUGUGGCUGGAGCAGCCCUGGGUGCUGCUGCAGCUCCUGGAGGAGCCCUGGGUCACCCCCGGCUGGGUUUUGCCAAGGGCACUGCAAGGGCCGGAGCCUUUGGCCGUCCGGGCUGGAGCCAGACCCUCAGUGUCCCUGAAGGCCCUCCCGCCCGGUGUGGCACAGUGACUGUGACACUGCAGAGCAAUGUGAAAAGAGUUAUUAUUGAGAACAACCAACAGUGUGUUCUUGCUUC